AUGCUAGUGAAGUCCGACUCAUCGGCGGAUGAUUAUUAUGGAGGAGCCCUCGAAACUCUACUGCAAAGUCCGCAAAAUAUAUUGACUGACAAACGGAGUUGUAUCCGAAGGAGUGGUACUUGUGAUCACAGACCCAACGAUUGCUGUCCAAAAUCAGUCUGCAAUCGAGUGAAUACUGAACUCUUGACCUUUCAUUGA